AGGCGAUGCCAUGGUGGUGGGGGGCGGCAGGAGGCUCCUUGCCCCCCCCUUGGCUGGCUUGUGCGGAUGCCAGGAUGGGUUUGGGAGCCAUGGAAACCCCCCGGUCGCGUGUGUCUGCGCGUGUCUGCGUGAGUGCAAGGGGGGAGGGCGGCUGUAGGCACCGACACUUCCACCCCCAGCGUCAGCCCCCCAUCGUGUUGCCCCACAGGGCUGACUGUGCCCCCUGCCUCUGCCCCUGGAGGACGUGGCUGCCACCCCCCAGGCUUCGGGGACCGCGGCUGCUUGGGGCUCAUGCAGCGGGGUGCGAGGGUGAAGCAGCGGCUGGGCGUGGGAGGCGGCUGCUUUUCCAGCCUCGGCCCGGGCGGACUCUUGCAUCACGGCAGGGAAAACCUGCCUGGGCAGCUCUCCCUUUCGGUGGCCUGCCCUCUUCCCACUCACUUCCCAUGGGCAGGACUUUCCAGCCCGGCCUGGGGCCCGCGGCCGCUUGCUCGCUCCUUGCGCAGGAUUUUGCAGAAGUGGUUGCAGAAACCCCGGGCCACGCGCUUGUCACGCUUCCCAGCUGAGGACAUGGAGCCUGAGCAAGAGCCGGGCUUUCGGCCACGUGGCCGGGGGAGCGGUCAGGAAGGCGCGUGGAAAUGACUGUCCUGGCAGAGUUGAGAGUCUGGGCGAGGCGGCUUUGCCAGGUGCUACGAGAUGACCGAUCUCUCCAGCCACAAGACCUAUGCCGUGAAGGUCAUCCCCCACAGCCGCGUGGCCAAGCCGCACCAGCGGGACAAGAUCCUCCAUGAGAUCGAGCUGCACCGCGACCUGCACCACAAGCACGUGGUCAAGUUCUCCCAUCACUUCGAGGAUGCCGAGAACAUCUACAUCUUCCUGGAGCACUGCAGCAGGAAGUCGCUGGCACACAUCUGGAAGGCCCGGCACACGCUGCUGGAGCCCGAGGUGCGGUACUACCUCAAGCAGAUCAUCUCUGCCCUCAAGUAUCUCCACCUCCGAGGCAUCCUGCACCGGGACCUCAAGCUGGGCAACUUCUUCAUCAAUGAGAACAUGGAGCUGAAAGUGGGCGACUUCGGCCUGGCCACCCGGCUGGAUGCUGCCGACCAGAAGAAGACGAUCUGCGGCACCCCCAACUACCUGGCCCCAGAGGUGCUGCUGCGGCAGGGCCACGGCCCCGCCUCGGACGUGUGGUCCCUGGGCUGCGUCAUGUACACACUGCUGUGCGGCAGCCCCCCCUUCGAGACCUCGGACCUGAAGGAGACGUACCGCUGCAUCAAGCAGGUGGAGUACACCCUCCCGGCCUUCCUCUCUGCCUCCGCGCGCCAGCUCCUGGCCGGCAUCCUGCGCCGCAGCCCCCACGACCGCCCCACGCUGGAGGAGAUCCUGGACCACGAGUUCUUCCGAGCAUACACACCGGACAAGCUCCCACCCAGCAGCUGCAUGAUGGCCCCGGAGCUGACUCCUCCCAACCCGGCCAAGAGCCUGCUUGCCAAAGUCACCAAGACACUGUUUGGGAAGAAGAAACCCAGAGCUAAGAAGGGCCCGGUGGAGGACAAAGAUGACCUCUCCAAGCUGGUUGCUGGCUUCAUGAAGACCUCGCUCUGCCGACAGACCAGCUACAAGACUAUGGAGGGGAACGAGGUUUCCCCCGGGUCAGGCCAGACGGCCUCCCUCAGCCCGGGCGAGACGCUGGCCGAGGAGGGCUCCCGCAAGUCCGUGUCCCGCUCGGCCGGAGGCACGAUGGCCAGCAGCUGUGAAGCCCUCAACGACUGCGUCCCGGCCUCGGUGCUCGUCGAGUCAACCGUCAAGCUCCUGACCAGCUGCCUCUCCUCCAUGCCUCCAGCUGAGAGGAACCCGGCGUCCCUGGCCCAGCACGAGCCCUUCGUGUGGGUGAGCAAGUGGGUGGACUAUUCCAACAAGUACGGCUUCGGCUACCAGCUCUCGGACCGUGCUGUCGGCGUCCUCUUCAACGACGGCACCCACAUGGCCCUCUCCGCCAACCGCCGCAUGGUGCAUUACCACCUGACCGGCAGCAAGCACGUGGCCUUCCGCGCCACGUCCGUGCCCCCCGCGCUGCAGGGGCAGCUGGGCAUCCUGCGGUACUUCACCUCCUACAUGGAGCAGCGUCUCAUGAAGGGUGGAGACCUGCCCAGCCUGGAUGAGGGCAGGCAGCCGGCCCUGCUGCUGCUGCAGUGGGUGAAGACCGACCUGGCCUUGCUUAUGCUCUUUAGCAACGGCACCAUCCAGGUGAACUUCUACACGGACCACACCAAGGUGAUCCUGAGCGAGGCUGCUGGCCUGCUCACCUACGUCAGCCGGGACCGUAGCUCCUACACCUACAAGCUGAACAGCCUGCGGGAGCUGGGCUGCACCCCCGAGCUCCAGCGCCGCCUCCGCUACGUCCUCAAGCUGCUGCAGGACCAGGCUGAGACCUAGGCGCCGUCUGCACCUUUUCCCGGGCUCGCAACCUCCAUUGCCCUCACAGCUGGCACCCGGCUCCCCCAGGGCCAUCGUCACCGCUGGGCGAGGUGACCUUCUCUCCAGUCGGCUGCUGGCGCUCGGGUGGAGAUGCUCCCGCUGGUGCUGUCAGCCGUGCACUGGGCUGGUGCUGGGGUCUGCUUGGGGGCACCUACUGCUUUGCCCCCAAGUGCAGCAAGCAGCAGCCACUCCCCAGUGGCACCACCCUGGUGUGGGAGUCUGUGCAAGCUCUGCCUUCAGGCUCCAGCCCCUGGCUGGGCUGGGCUGGGCAGGGCUGGCGUCUUGGCAGCGGCCAGCGCUGCAGCAUCUCCCAGGGCAAGAUGCCUGCUGCCUCAGCCUGGCGCCUGCCGCGGCUGUCCUGGACACACUGCGUGACUCAUGGAGAGUGUUUCGGGCUGCCUUGCGGCAGGAUCACUACACUACGGAGGGGAUUGGGGCCCUUCCCCGCAGGCCGUGGAGCGAGCUACCCCCCUGCCGUGCGUGGCCACGGUACGAUGCUCUAACGAAGGCAGGGCCCCCCCGGGCGGCUCCUCUCCCGCCCCCUCCCUGCCUGACUUUAUUUAUGGCUGUUAUUUAUAUGGUGUCUAUUUAUUGUGGCUCACAUGGGCAAGGCCUGGCUGGGGUCUCCUUCUAAUAAAGACUUCCUUUUUCUAAA